AUGGAGAUGAACAAGGGGGAGGCUGAGAAAUGCCUUGAGAUUGGCAAGAAGCAUCUACGUCUGGGUAAUUGGGAGAAAGCAAUCAAGUUUUUUGAAAAGUCAAAUCGAAUGUAUCCACUUGCGGGUGUAGAAGCAAUGCGUGAUCGUGCCAAGGCAGAGAUGGAAAAGGCAUCGACAUCCAGGACACAGCCAACGUCUCCACGGCAUAGCAGCACUUCGAGUGGACAGCGAACAGCUUCGGCUACUUCUCCGUCAAGGUCAAUGUCCACAGAGUCCUCAAGGCCGUACACAGCAAAUCAGAUGCAGAUGGUGCGUAAGAUUAAGGCGUGUAAGACCCACUACGAAGUGCUGGCGGUGCAGCAAAAUGCGACGGAGAAUGAGAUUAAAAAGGCCUAUCGCAAGUUGGCGCUGAAACUACAUCCAGACAAGAACAGUGCUCCAGGAGCAGAAGACGCGUUUAAGGCUGUUGGGAAAGCGUUUUCGAUUUUGAGUGACCCAGAUAAGCGUGCACAUUAUGAUCGAUACGGUGACGAUGCACCUGUGCAGCAGCAACAACAUCAGGGACGUACUUAUGGCCAGGACGAUGACAUUACGCCGGAAGAGAUUUUCAACAUGUUCUUCGGUGGUGGAUACCGUCCACGCGGACGCCAACCACAGCAACAACAAGGCCAUCGACCGCAGCAACAGAUGCCACGUGGUGCCAUGGCCAAUCUGACCCAGUUCUUGCCGCUGUUACUGAUUUUCAUCAUGUCGUUAUUCUCGAUUCCAUCGAAUCCGGAGAUGCCAUUUAGUCUAAAGCCGACACAGCAAUUCAACGUGCAGCGUACAACACAAAUGGCGAAUGUGGUGAAAGGUAUUCCGUACUACGUAGGGCAUGAUUUUGAGCAGCGGUACACGACCCACUGGCGUGAUCUCUCACGAGUCGAACAAAUGGUGGAGCAGGCGCAUGUAUCAAAGUUGUCCGAGGAUUGCGAGAAUAUAAAGUUUCGCCAGAAACGGAUGAUCUAUCGUGCUCGCAAUUCUCGUAGUGAAGACAGAGAGUCUGCUAUGCGUAAAGCAUUGGAGAUGAAGUUGCCACCGUGUGACGAGCUGCGUAAACUCCGGCGAACGCGGCGCUAUUGA